AUGUCGUUUUUCUACAUCCACACAGCGCAACCUUAUUUCUAGAUUUGAGGUAAAGGGAAACAUAGUAGAGCAUUAGAUUCAUCGCGUCCCUUUUGUUUCGCUCUUCAAAUAUCAUUUUGAAGGUUUCAUCUUUGAGGUGGAUCGAGCUCCCUUUUCAAUUUCAGUCCGUCUUAGAUAUGGCAGUAAAACCAACAGUUGCAUUGAGAGCUAUCCUUGUUGGAGGCAUAGCAGCAUUUGCUAAAAUAGCAGGUGCAAUGAAGGCCGCAGGUGGCAUAAAAAUGGGUGCAGCUGCAGCUGCCGUGACAGCAGCAGCAACUGCUGCAGUGACAGGGUCAAAACAAGAGCAAAAAGAUGAUUCUCAACAGUCUCCAAAAUAAUCAUCUGUAUCUUUUUUUUUUUUAUUUUUUUUUUCAGUCUCACAUUGUCUGCUGGUAAGUUUAUGUAGCUUAGUUGAAUAUUCCCUGAGUUUAAUUGGAAGAAAGAGGCCAUAUAAUUAGAGUCUUGACGGAUAGUGAUGUAAUAACCUCUUCAAGCCUUUGUGAUAAAGAGUACAUUAAAUUUAUAGAGUUCCUGAACUUUUAGAUGAAGCUACGGAUUUCUGAGACAAACUCUCAGCUGAGUAGUGUUGUGAAUUGGAUUUUGUAAAC